AUGGAACCUGCUGGACUGACCGUUGGAAUCCUAGGACUGGUAGGGCUCUUCAGUUCUUGCUUGGAUGUUCUGGAGAGGUUCGAAUCCUGGAAGGAUUUCAACAAUGACUCGCGCGCACUCUCAGCUCGAUUCGAGGCCGACAAGCUUCGUUUCGAAAAAUGGGGUCAGACAAUGGGUGUUGAUCGAAAGAAUUUGUCAGAUCACCACCACGAGAUCCUCGAUUACCCACGGGCCUUGGCAGCGGUCAAAAGGCUUCUGUCGGUCAUACGUGAUAUUGCAAGCGACUCAGAGAUCAGUUUUCCGUCCACAAGCUCAGGGCCUGAUUCACGGCCUGCCAAGGGUGGAAGUUCCUCCAAAGCUACCGGUCAUACAAGUGAAUCCACAAGGCAGAGGCUAAAGUGGGCAAUGAAAGAUAAGGCAAAACGCAUAGCCCAGGUCGAACAAUUCGGGCAGCUUGUCAAUCAACUGUACAAUUUGGCUCCUUUGACUGGACCUAGCAGUUGUGGUGAGACAUUUGACAGAGAUGGUAAGCGGAAUUCUAUUUCCCUCUUGACUUACCUCGGGACACAUUCUCAAUGA